AUGUCUAUCACGAACGGUGUCUUAACGAUACUGCCACCUCCUGAAGGAUAUAUCGUUGACUUCGACAAUCCCGCUAGGAAUGGCAAUAUUGCAGGAUACUGGAUCACUGGCAUCGGCAUUGUAUUGAGCACAUCGGUCCUGGCAAUAAGAAUGUACACCAAGGUGUUCAUCAUCAAGGACUUCUCCCUUGACGACGCAACACUAUUGGCCUCAUAUGUCUUUGGCAUCGCCGUACAGAGUAUCUUGACGCGUGAGUAUCCACCAUUGCCUGUCGGCUGGCUGCUAAAGUUGGCAGAUUUCUGGAUCGUCGAAGCGAGUGGAGUGCAUGCAUGGGAGAUGCCAAUGGCCAGGUACCAAUACUUCAGCACAGUGAUUAUGGUGGCCUCCGUUCUAUACGUACCCUGUCUUGGAUUUGCGAAAUUCUCGAUUCUUUUUCUAUACCGCAAGAUCUCACAGUUGAGAUGGUUCAACGUAUGCAUCUAUAUCCUCAUGACCAUCGUUGUCUGCUAUAGCAUCGGUGUCAUCUUUGCUUUGAUACUCCCAUGCCAGCCAAUACCGGCGAACUGGGAUCUGAGCGUGAGCGGCAAGUGUAUCGACAAAGCUGCGAUAUAUCUCGCUACUGCUGCAGUGAAUGUUAUUACGGACUUCUUGAUCUUGACGCUGCCACUACCGAUGGUGCUGCGACUUCAUAUGCCAAGAGGCAAGAAGAUAGGUCUAGUCAUCCUUUUCGUGGUUGGUUCGGCGACCUUGGUGACAAGUAUCAUACGACUGGUCCUGAUGAUACCCAUGGUACAGAACGUCGAUCAGACUUGGGUUGUCUCAGUUCCUUGCAUAUGGAUUAAUAUCGAGGCAAACCUCGUCGUUAUUUGUGUGUCUCUUCCCACUCUUCGACGUUUCAUCAAGCACGUUGCGCCUGGCUGGAUGGGUGAUGGCUCACGAGGGAGCAGUGCGCCGAGCUACCUCAAGAAGUCCUCUCGCAGUGGCAGUCUUCCAAUCUCGCGCAGCAAGAACUCGAAGUAUGGUCGUAUGGAUGACAGCAUUCUGGAGAUGGCGGGUAAUUUUGACGACAACACAGAAGGUGAUGAGACCGGUGAAGAUGUACUGGAUGCUGAUAAUAGUAGCAGAAGGGCGAUACGGAAGACAACCACGGUAUAUAUCAAGUACGAUCAGAGGGAUGCUCCAUAG